GCGUUGUCCCCUGUUUGCGGCCAGCAAUCACAUCAGCCGUGGUUUUGCAUUUGCCGCGCUCGUAGGUAGGUGCGUGCCAGAGCCCAGAAGGGUAGGGUCAAGGGCCGGAAGCAACAAGCCCCCAUCCCAUCCGUGCGGCAGCCACCGGGUUUGGUUGGCGCGCCACGCGCGCCGAUGCCAUUGCCGGCUCCCCGGCCGAGCUUAUAUAAACUCCCAUCCACCUGCUAUUCUCCUCAAGCCUACCCCCCUGCUCUCCGGUCUCCCCGGCCUCCACCUGUCUUCUCUAUCUCCCCCGAGAGCUCCUCUGCUCGCACAUUUCUCUGCUCGAUCGAUUGCGCUCGGCAUGGCUGCCCGACCUUGGAGGUCUUUCUUGUGCUGCGGCGGUGGCAGCGCGGUCGUCGUCGACGACGACGAUUCCACGUCGAGGCGGCGACGGAUAACGCGGAGGGGCAAGGACAGCCCGAGGUCGUCCUCGAGGAUGUCGUUAACGAGCCUGAGCUCGUCGGGGACUCUGACCCCCGAGGAUCUGUCGCUCACGCUGUCCGGGUCCAACCUGCACGCCUUCACGUACGCCGAGCUCCGGGCCGCGACGGGCAACUUCUCGCGCGCCAACUACCUCGGCUGCGGCGGGUUCGGCCCGGUCUACAAGGGCGCCGUCGACGAUAAUCUCCGCCCGGGCCUGCGCGCGCAGGCGGUCGCCAUCAAGUACCUCGACCUGGAAGGCGGCACGCAGGGCCACAAGGAGUGGCUGGCCGAGGUGUUCUUCCUUGGGCAAUUGAGGCACAAAAACCUGGUGAGGUUGAUCGGCUACUGCUACGAGGCCGAGCACCGGAUGCUGGUGUACGAGUUCAUGAGCUACGGGAGCUUGGAGAACCACCUAUUCAAAAGUAUCAAUGGCGCUCUCCCAUGGAUGACAAGGAUGAAGAUCGCAGUCGGUGCGGCCAAGGGCCUCUCCUUCCUCCACGACGCCGACCCACCGGUGAUCUACCGCGACUUCAAGGCCUCCAACAUCUUGCUCGACUCGGACUACACCACCAAGCUGUCCGACUUCGGGCUGGCCAAGGACGGGCCCCAGGGCGACGAGACGCAUGUGACGACGCGCGUCAUGGGCACCCGCGGGUACGCGGCGCCCGAGUACAUCAUGACGGGGCACCUCACCGCCAAGAGUGAUGUGUACAGCUUUGGAGUGGUGCUCCUGGAGCUCCUCGCCGGCCGGCAGUCGGUGGACCGCGCACGACGUCCGAGAGAGCAGAGCCUGGUGGACUGGGCUCGGCCGUACCUCAAGCGGCCCGAGAGGCUGUACCGGGUCAUGGACCCGGCCCUGGAGUGCCAAUACUCGUGCAAGGGCGCCGAGGUGGCGGCCCUUGUGGCCUACAAGUGCUUGAGCCAGAACCCCAAGUCCAGGCCCACAAUGAGGGAGGUGGUCAAGGCUCUGGAGCCCGUGCUCGGCAUGGACGACUUCUUCCCCGUCGGCCCAUUUGUGUUCACCAUCAGCGUGGAGGAGGACAAGGUGGUGGCCAUGAAGGUGGAGGUUGAGGAGAAGCAUCGGCCGCAACACCAGAGCCAUCAAGACAGGCACCGGCAGAAGUAUCCAAACUCUUCCAUCCACGCCGGCAUUGUGCUCCACAGCCGGGAUGGGCUGGUCGGUGGCGAGCACACCGGCGCACAGCGGCAGCACCGGAGGACAUCAAGCUACCACCAGGAGAGGGGGUCUUAAGAGCAGGAGAGGGACGUGAGUAGGGAAAAAAAAAAGGUAUGUGUGUACAUAUGCUAGAUAUGUGACACAAUGUCACAUUGGUUUGGUCUAGUUCUGAGAGUGCGAUUCUUUUUUUUUUUUUUUUUUUUUUGAUAGUGAUAGUGGAUGUUAGUUGAUAGGUAAUACAAGAAUGCGAAGUAGUGUGAUGAAAAGUCCGGCUCGGACUUGCAAGGAUUGUUGCACAAAGAUGUUGUAUAAAAGGAAAUGUUUUGGUAAAAUGGUUACCCAAUGCUUCCAGCAAUUUACUCA